AUGCCAUUGAACCCUCACUUCUCUGUUUCAGCCCCUCGCCAAAUGGCGCAGGAUCUCGACCGUCCUUCGACCGGAGCAUCCAGUGACACGCCCGAACAUUCAGUUCAUAUGCGGUCAAGGUCGACUGCUCACACCCAGAGCCCUAAAAGAUUGUCCGUCUUCAGUGGCCGUUCUCGAAGCAAUACCACAACAUCCACUCCCUCUGUUACAUCUUCUCGUCGCUCACAGGCCUCAUCAAUGACUUCCAACGAGAACGGCCCAUUGCCCUUGGCACCCGAGGACCGGACGCCCUCUACAACUGGAGUGCGUCACGACCGGCAUGAAAGUGCAACCAAGUCACUCUUUUUACGUGGAAGCCGCAUUCUGCGCCGUCAAGGGAGCAAGGUCAACAUGGUUGGAUCUUUAAAUGAAGAAGAUGAUGCGGAGCGCGAUAAGUCCCGCUUUGACUUUGGUCGCCGCAAAUCCCGGUCGAACGACAACCAUGAGCACAUGAAGCGCAUGAUUUCGGAUCCUUUCGACUUCCAUCACUUGACUCACACCAGUCCGGCCCAGUUCGAGGCGUUGGGCAAAACCCGUGAGAAUGAAUUGGUGACGGAAUUUUCCGCCAUCAGGGCUUCUCAAAAGCCUGUCGCAAAUUUGAAGGGUAUCCGAGCAGAGGAUAUCCAUAUGCGAAGCCCUUCAACGGAGGAUCUCUCUCAAUGCCUCCCCCAGCACGACAAUAAUGGCCAAUCCCCUGCUAGCCCACCGCGCUCCCCGGGUGCAAAAUCUAUCAGCCCUCAAGUAUUAGAGUACCGGCCUCUGCGAGAGUCCCGGGUUUUCGAGAAUUUCUCGCGGCCCGUAGCAAGGCAUCAGCGGGGAGAUGUUGCAUCCUCACCACCGCGUGCUUCUUCGCCUAGAUUGGCUUCUUCUCCUGAAAUCCCAGAGCCUUCGCCUCGAGUAAUCGAUGAAAUCCUAGACUUGGACUCUCGGCAACAGCACCCGGGGCAUGCCUUCGACGCGGAUGACGACUUGGUACACAGCACUUCUCCAAUGAGUCACCACGUUGAGGCUAUGAUGCAUCCGAACAUAGGCCAUGCUAUUACCGCUGGCCUGGACAGUGACGGUAUCGAAGUAAGAUCUACUUCAGCAAUGGCGAGCCCGACUUCCGAGUUGGACGAUGUUCCUGAGGAAGAUGAGGCAACGCAUUGGCAUGAUAGCCCCGAGUCUCGGCAUUCAGAAUACCCAGCGUCUCUUGGAAGUCAGGUUUCACCCAAAGCCAUUGUAGCCCCAAAAUCUCGCUUGUCCAUCGACGUGGCGAAGGAGCUCUCGAAGAAGUUCACUGAGGCACUGGGUUCCCCUACUCUUCCUCAGUAUCUUGCAGACCGAGAGACCACCUCGGUCGACGACCAACGCACUCAGUCGACACUCCGAAGACAGUCCUCUGUUCAUAAAACUAUCCACGAAACGAUUUACGAGUCCUGGGAUGACGAUAUCGACUACUGCUAUGAACACGCAGCUGAGUCAAAUUCCGAUUUCGACUGGGCCCGCUCUUCCUUUGAAUUAUCGCGAGGAGAUAAUGUCGGGGUCAGUAUUACCACUUCCAGUUCGGCUGCUUUGUCACCGAAUACGUCCGUCUCUUCGGCCAACCCAAGAUACCUCAGCACGCCGUUUGUGUCGACUCCCGACUUAGAUCCUAGCUCUUCGCAGUCAGUGCCAAGCUCGCGCCUGGCCAUAACGCCGUCAAGUGCCGGCUGUGAAGGUGAGAAGGAUGGGGACUUUUUCCAACCAGUUAGUUCUUCGGCGUUGUCAGGAGCUCUGAGUAAACACAUCUCUCCGGACACGCUGUACGAGGACUUUCUCGCUGCCGAUGGAGAAUCAGAUCGACACUUUUCUUAUUAUUCACAAAGUGGAUUCCAGGCUAUAGACCAGCCCGUUUCUCCUCGGAGCAGCUUCUCACCCAUUAGCAAAUAUAACUCUCAGGAGAGCUUGAUCCUAUCCCGUGCAGCUUCGAUCGUGCGGAAGCAUCGGUCAUCUGUCUCGACCACGAGUGUACCCGAGUUGGUACAUAGCCUUGCAAGUAGCCGCGACUUUUCCUCUUCGGACCCGGGGCUUUCUGGUGAGCAGGCCGAGCUUGGGCACGAUUCCUUUCGCUCAUCCAACCACCGGCAGACUAAAAGCCUAGCACGCGAAAUCGAGACGCAAAUCAUGUCUCGGCCGGAUGGCAACGGCAGCCACGAGCCCAUCAAGCUGACUGGUAUCUAUCCCCACGACCGCGCAAAGUCUACCUCCGAAGUGGAGGCUGCUCCCACAGUGAACAACACCAUGAGGCCUCAGCUUCCUUCGAAAAGCGCGCUGAGGAAGAAAGGUCGCACGACAUCCUAUUCUCUCUUUCCAUCGCCAACUCUUCCGUCACCUGCGACCUCUUAG